GGUGGUUCUGUCUGCAGUGGACACAGUGGGUUUUCACCCCUCCAUCUUUGAGGAUUUGGGGAGAAACAGUGGUGAAGCACUCUGUCUGGAUCACAGGACGUCCCCUGUGUGCAGACCUCAGAUGAGAGAAACCUGGCUGACAGCAGCAGAGAGGAGUGCACCUGCCUUGGAGGAAAGCUAACCCACGAAUGGCCUGCCAGUCUGUCGCUGCAGUCAUGGACGAGCAGGCCCUGCAGGGGCUCAACCCGAACGCCGACGCCCGCUACAGGCAGAGGGCCAUGGUGUACUUCGAGCAGCUGAAGGAGUCUCAGGAUGGUUGGGAGGUGUGUGCAGAGGCUCUCGCUAAAGGGAUUUACAGCGACGACCAUGUGAAGUUCUUCUGCUUUCAAGUGUUGGAACAUCAGAUCAAGUUCAGACACGCUGGUCUGAGUGCAGUUCAGCAGCAGCUCAUCAGAGAGACUCUGAUGAAGUGGCUCCAGUGUCAGCUGAUGAACGGCCAGCCUGAGAAGCCCUUCAUCAGGAACAAAGCGGCUCAGGUGUUCGCCCUCACCUUCGUCAUGGAGUAUCUGACUCUGUGGCCCAAGUUCUUCUUCGACAUCCUGUCGCUGGUGGGCCUGAACCCUCACGGCGUCGACGUCUACCUGAGGACGCUCAUGGCCAUCGACGCCGAGGUGGUCGACAGAGACAUCCUGCACUCACCUGAGGAGACGCGCAGAAACACUCUGAUCAAAGACAGCAUGCGGGAGCAGUGCAUCCCCCACCUGGUGGAGUCCUGGUUCCAGAUCCUGCAGACCUACCAGCUGUCCCACCCGGAGCUCACCUGCCAGUGUCUGGAGGUGGUGGGAGCCUACGUGUCCUGGAUCGACCUCAACCUCAUCGCCAACGACCGCUUCGUGAACCUGCUGCUGAGUCAGAUGUCUGUGGAGGAGCUCAGAGAGGAGGCCUGCGACUGCCUGUUCGAGAUCAUCAACAAAGGAAUGGACCCGGUGGACAAAACCAAGCUGGUGGAGAGUCUGUGCCAGGUCCUGCAGUCCGCCGGGUUCUUCAACGUGGAACAGGAGGAGGACGUGGACUUCCUGGCCAAGUUCUCGCGGCUGGUGAACGGGAUGGGUCAGAGUCUGGUUCUGAGCUGGACCAAACUGGCCAAGUCCGGUAACGUGAAGGACGCGGCCGAGACGCUGCAGGCCGUGGAGGCCAAAGUGCCGCUGCUGCUCCAGCUGCUGGUGCACGAGGACGACGACAUCUCGGCCAACAUCGUCGGCUUCUGCUACGAAUACCUGCACGUCCUCAAGCAGCUUCCUCAGCUGACCGACCAGCAGAAGACCAACAUAGAGGCCAUCAUGCUCGCCGUCAUGAAGAAGCUGACGUACGACGACGAGUACAACUUCGAGAACGAGGGCGAGGACGAGGCCAUGUUCGUGGAGUACAGGAAGCAGCUGAAGAUGCUGCUGGAUCGUCUGGCUCAGGUGUCUCCUGAGCUGCUGCUGGAGGCCGUGAGACGAGUCUUCACCAACACCAUGCAGAACUGGCAGACGGCGGCGUUCAUGGAGGUGGAGGUGGCCAUCAGGCUGCUGUACAUGCUGGGCGAAGCCCUGCCGGCGUCUCACGGCGCUCAUUUCUCCGGAGACGCGACGAAGGCGAGCGCCCUGCAGGACAUGAUGAGGACGCUCGUGUCCUGCAGCGUCAGCAGCUACCAGCACAGCUCCGUGUCGCUGGAGUUUUUCGAAACGGUCGUUCGAUACGACAAAUUCUUUGUGGUGGAGCCGCAGCACAUCCCCAACGUGUUGAUGGCGUUUCUGGACCAGAGAGGACUGAGACACAACAGCCCGAAGGUGCGCAGCAGGGUGGCCUACCUCUUCUCCAGAUUCGUCAAAGCUUUGCAUAAACACAUGAACGCCUUCAUCGAGGACAUCCUGACCAGGAUCCAGGACCUGCUGGAGCUGGCUCCUCCCGAAAAUGGCUUCCCGGCGCUGCUGACCAGCGACGACCAGCUGUUCAUGUUCGAGACGGCGGGCGUCCUGAUCGUGAACGGAGAGAGUCCCGUCGAGAGGAAACAGGCGCUGAUGAGGAGCCUGCUGUUGCCGCUGAUGGACGCUUUCCGCCUGCUGCUCGCCAAGCUGCCGCAGGAGACGGAGGAGGAGCGACAGGCCGCCCUCGCCGACUGUCUGAGCCACGCCGUCGGGUUCGCCAGUCGGACCAGCAAAGCGUUCAGCAACAAGCAGACGGUGAAGCAGUGUGGCUGCACGGAGGUCUACCGAGACUGCAUGCAGACCUUCCUGCCUGCGCUGAGCUGUCCCGUCCAGCGGGGGGUGCUGCGCAGCUCGGUGCGCUCCUUCCUGCACAGAAUGAUCAUCUGCCUGGAGGAGGAGGUGCUGCCCUUCAUCCCCGCCGCCUCCGAACACAUGCUGAAGGACUGCGAGGCCAAAGACCUGCAGGAGUUCAUCCCGCUGAUCAGCCAGAUGACCGCCAAGUUCAAGCGGCAGGUGUCUCCCUUCCUGCAGCAGGUUUUCAUGCCGCUGGUGCUCGCCAUCUUCGAGGUGUUGGCGCGGCCGGCGGAAGACAACGACCAGGCGGCCGCUCUGGAGAAACAGAUGCUGAGGAGGAGCUACUUCACCUUCAUCCAGACCGUCACAGGAAGCGGGAUGAACGAGGUGAUGGCCAAUCAGGGAGCAGAAAACAUCGAGCGAGUUGUGUUCACCAUCAUCCAGGGAGCCGUGGACUUCCCCGACCCCAUCGCUCAGAAAACCUGCUUCAUCAUCCUGUCCAAGCUGGUGGAGCUGUGGGGAGGUAAAGACGGCAUGGUGGGUUUCCCAGACUUCAUCUACAAACACAUCGUCCCUGCGUGCUUCCUGGCUCCUCUCAAACCCACCUUUGACCUCUCGGACGCUCAGACGGUCCUGACGCUGUCAGAGUGCGCUCUCACGCUGAAAAUGAUUCAUCUCAAAAGGGGGCCAGAGUUCAUCCAGUUCUUGCAGCAGGAGUACCUGCCCUCACUUCAGGUGUCACCUGAGAUCUCACAGGAACUUUGUCAGGUGAUUCAGCAGCCGGACGUCAAAGUCCUGAAGAACUACAUUAAGGCGUUCUUUCAGCGAGCCAAACUGUAGGCAAUAAAACUGGAAGUUCACCGGGACUGAAAAACUAUACAGGAAGUGGUGGAACACGCCGCUCACAACAAAACAAGGACCUUAGCAUAGGAGCUGCUUCAGCACUUACAGAGCGAACGCAUAACUAAGCCCGGCGUCUCCGCGGGGACAUGGACAGAAGGUCGGGGGACGGAUAAAUCCCUCCGGCCGCCGACGAGACGAGCUGUCCACGUGGACUCGAGAGGAGCCGGAGCUCGACUGAUGAUCGGAACGUGGAGGACUUGGAGGAAAGUCGUGUGGAAAAGGGCUUUUAGAAGCGAACGCAGAUCUGUGGGAGACGACCCGACUGGAACGUUUGGUAAAUAACGAGAGCUUUACUGUAGUCCGACCUUCACUUAGAACCCACAUUUCAGAACGUGACCCUGAGUUCGUUUGGUUGUUGCUGCCACAGAAUGGACGAAGAAUAAGGGCUGAGAUGUAUUAUUUCCAUUCAUGUGGCUUUUUUUAAGUGUUGAUUGGAUGGAUGGUUGAUUUUCAGUUUGAGGUGAAACGUUUAGUUCUUACAGGUCGACUCGAAACAUCCACAGACUUUAUUUUCCUGAAUCCUCCGUCGGUAUUCUCUCAGCCGCUCUUAUAUUCGUUAUGUUACCUGAUGGAUGUAGACACUCAACUUUCAGUUAAAUCAGACCCUCAUGGUGAGUUUAUGAUAACAUUGAAUGGGAUUAUAAUCCGCGGAAUAUUUUUGUUUCCUGGAAAUACGAGUAAUGUUUGGAGCUGCUUUAAUUUCAGAUGGAAAUGAACCGAAAAUGGAGGAACAAAGUGUAAAUAAGAGAAUAAGAUGUUAAAACUGUAAAUAAAGUUCCUGGGUUUAGUUUUUUUGUUUUUUUUUUUAAUCUUCAUUCCCAUCUGGAAACUGAAUAUGGAAGCACAUUAAUACCAAAAAUAGGGGAGAAAAAGGAUUAAAAGUUAGAAAUGCUAAAACCACUCAGAAGGUCAGCGAUGACGUACGUUUAUUCUGACUUUAAUAUUUGUUACUUCAAAACUCAGAAUUUUCCUUUGUGUCUCUUAUUUUGACUCAAGCCUUUUUGUUUGUCAGAAUUUUAAUUUAUAUUGUUGACUUGCUCGUAAUUGUGACUUCAAAAGUUAAAAUUUUGACUGAGUAAAGUUGUAAAUCUCAUAAUUGUAUCACAGCAUUUCAAACCUUUGCUGGACUUUUUGGUCCAAGUUUUGACAAAUCUCAUGCUUCUGAGCUUUUGACUGAAAAGUCAUCAUUUUUCGUUACUGUCAUAACUUUUUAAAUUUAUCAUGAUUUUUAUUUAUAACAUUUUUGGCUCAGUAAAUCUCUUCAUUUGUGAAAUCUCAUGACUUUUAUUGAAAAAUUUGAAGUUCUGUUACUUACGAUGAGUAUUAUUUUGGACUUGGUGUCUCAUCACUGUCACUUACAGCGAGAGUUUGAACAUCUGUUGAUUGAAUUAAUAAGUAUAUGUCAUGAUUUUGACUUAGUAUCUCAAAAUGUUGAUUUACUAGGAUUGAAAUCUUGUAAUUGUGACGUAAGUCAAAGGUUUAACGUUCAAAUUUUGAUUUAGAAUUUUGUUCUGGUAAAUCUCAAAAUUCUGACUGAAAGCUUCAUCAUUUUGAUUUGUUUUAUCAUAAAUUAGAUUUAUUCUGAG